CACUAUCAACCGGCGCUAAGUUUGAAUUAGAUAAUUACAAGUAUAUUUUACUAGUGUCCUGCAAGUUAAUUGUUUAUCUCGAACUUAAUUAUAUUCAAAUAUACCUCUUGUGAUUGUUAUUUAUUAUUCAACACAAAUCGGCUAAAGGUAUUCGAGUUCAGUCUCGAUACAUAACACCAUGGAUGAAGAAACACGGAAAAUCAUUGAGAGGACUAAAGAACGAAGAGAGAGGCUGAAAAUGAUGAGUGAGACAGAUGGAAUAUACAGUAGACGGAGACCUUUAUCUGAAGACAUGUCAGCUAAUAUAGAAACAGUUCAAGAUGAUGAUUCUCCUAAACGUCAGUGUCUCCGAUCAGCAGAACAAAAUAUAAAACCAGAUACCCCGGCUAUACGUGGUGUACAGUCGCGGAGAAAUGACUUGACUACUCUUUGUCUUAGUUCUGAUGAUGGUGAUUAUGUACCAGUCCCAGUACCGCGAAAGUCUCUUUGCCAAGAAGAAAAUAGAGAUCCAAAUGAAGAAGUAUUCAAGCCACAGUGUCGCUCUCGUCUGGCUAAACUAGCUCAGCGUAUUAAUGCUUGGGAUGAUGACUAUUCAAAACAUGAAACAGUUGGCUUAUUUAGUCGACCCAACUCAGUUCAUUUAGUUGACAGGGAACGUGACAUACCAAUGACUACUGAGGGGCAACUGGAAACUAGAAAUUCUCGGUCAAGGACUGCUGCUCCAGUGGCCCCUCAUAUGAGGUCUCCUCGCUCCAAAUCUGCUGCACCCAUGGCAUCUGCACCUGCAACACCUCUGCCAGUGCGUUCAAAGUCUCCUGGUCCUUCAUAUACUCCAAGAUCUCCAGCACCUGUUGCUCCACGUCUUAUUCCAGGUGAUGACUUAGAAUCAGCUAUUGAGACAAUGUCAAGGCAGCAGAAGCCAUUAAGAAACAACAAAAAGAACCCUUAUACUGCCAAAGGUAGUGGUCAAGACCAUUUGCAGGAUAUUCCCAGUGAAAUACCUGUUAAUGCUCGGGGGCUUAAUGAUUCCUUUACUCAAGGAGAAACCACAGAUGAUGAACCAACUAACAAACCAGUCUCUGAGCGAUUGGCCAAAUGGUCAAAGAAAGUAUCUGCAACAGAAACUAACUGUGUAAGUCCAGCAAGUCCUUCUAAAAGUGAAAAUACUCAGCCAAAUUCUAAAACCAUUACCCCUAUGGGCAAUAGAUGCAGCCAGAACUUGUCAUCAAAAGUUGCUCAACUUGAGAAGAGCCUAGGGAUUUCAUCUACACCAAAACAAAACAGAUCUGCAUUUAGCAAUCAACAGUCUUCCCAGUCAUCAGGUUCUUCUUCAGUGCAGAUUAACAGCGUAUCGUCUAGUGUACCAUCAUCAGCAACACAUAAUACUCCUGCAGCUGAACCUGUAAAUAUGAGAAAUAAAGAGGGUAACAAGCGCCGUGAGAGUUUUGAACCAACAAGCCAGUCGGUUUCUAAAAGAAUGGCUGAAUGGCAAAAGAAAGUCAACACUCUUGAAGCGGUGACUGAGAAAGAACCAACUGCUUAUCCAGUAAAUGCUCGCAUGUCUGCAUGGGAACAGGUGACUGCCAGUGGGAGUACUGAAUCCAACAAAAUGAUUAAGCCUAAAGGUACUACAUUACCUUGUCCUACUACAACACCUUCGAGACCAGUGUCUGCAAAUAUUCCCAAAUCUCCUGGAAUGUCAAGGAAAUUCGAAUCUCCUGUUGUCAGAUCCAAUUCUAUUGAAUCUAAAUCUAAGCCUCUGAGCCCUUCAAAAGCCAGCUGUGCCAUGAAAGCUAUUCAACAGCGCUUGUUUGAAACUCAACAGAGUACCACCACUCAUUCAAUGGCUGAAAAAAUUCGACAGGAACGAAUGGCUGAGCUGAAAGUACUUGAAAAUCGAUGGCAUAAUGGUAUCUUAAAAGAUAACACUGUGAAAUCUAACCAAGAAAGUGAUAUCGGUGAACCUUCUGCAACUGUACCUAAUGAAAACAAGACUGGACAGAUGGUAGCAACAAGUGGAAUACCACCACCACCACCACCACCACUGCCAGGACAAAGCAAAACCACAGCCUCUGCAACUAGCUCCACGAUUACUGCUUCUGCUGGGGAGAACAAUAGUAUAUUCAAACUGGUUGCAGCCCCUCAGAAUUCUGCAGUCCCCGAAAAGAAGUCUGCUCUAGUAAAUCCAGGGGAUACUCCUUUGAAGAGUGUAGUUAAGCAAGUUCAUUUUGAGGACAGCUUUGAAAGUUCAGAUGACUAUUAUGGAUAUGGAAAUUAUCAAGAAUCCAGCAUUGAUGAUAUCAGUGAUGAGACUGAUGCAGAAAGAACCCUCGAGUCUCAUCGAGACUUACAAUACAUGGAGCAAGAUUUUGAGGAAGAUUAUUAUUCCAGCAGUGAAGAGAACGAAGCCCUAUGCCGUGCUGCAGCUGCUCACAACAGCAUGUCCCAUCCCGACAAUGAUGAGAGUGAUGAUGUCAGCAUCAGUGCCUUCGUGCCAGAAUCUGUGCGUCAACAAUAUAAGCUUUCUCUGCAAACAGAAAGCUCCACUAAUAUUAUUGAACUGGGCAAACGCCAACAGCAUUUGGAAAAAAACAAAAAUCGCAAAUACCAGCCCCAUGAUAAUAUAGACAGCACUGACGACACUUUGGAUGAAGAUUACGAUAGUGAUGAGAUGGAAUCUAUGGGAACCACAAGUGUGGACGACUUGAUUGAUGAUGCUUUGGACUCAGAUACAGAUGACAAUAGACCCCAAACAACCCCAAUUCAAUCAGCUAACAAGCGUGGCAGUCAUUUGUUAGCCACUUGUACAGACAGUUGCUAUGAUGAUACAACAACAGAUGAUGAUGUGGUGAUGCGCAAGAGAAGCCCUCUGAUGUACAGUAUUAGCAUGUAUCGCUCAAAAAGAUUCAGUAACAACACUACACCUGUUCAAAAAAUUGUACGAAAUAGCCGUCCUAUGAGCAGUGAAGAAGAACUGGAAAGAGAGACUCCGAAGGAGGAUAGUCGUAAGAGUAUAUUAGAAAGGAUAAAGCAACUCAGUAAUCAGGUAUCCCUUGAACAGACUGUAAUUUUGCAAACCAGCAAUGCACUAAAUCAGUGCUGCACUGAAGGCUCCAAUUUCAGUGGUUCGGCCCAGCAAGUGGAAUGCCACAAGUUACUUUUAAUUGCCUGUCAGAAGCGCCGAGCAUAUUUAGAAGAAAUUCAGCGUUUGAAAACUUCGAACUGCUUGAAUCCUUUUGGGCCUGGCACUAAAGGAACUUUGGCUAUAAGUGACAUCCGACUACCAUUGAAAAAAGACUUUGUCAGCAGACUGAGCACAGUGUAUGAUCUGAAUGUUUUCUACUAUGUUAUACUCCUCCGUAAUGGUCCUCAGGUGUUUACCACUCAGCUUAUGUCAACACAUGAUCCAAUGGUCAGAGGAAGUUUGGACUUUCCAAACAUGAUAAAAAUGACAGAUAUUACAUCAAAAUUUCAAGUUACUUUGGAGCUCUAUGAAAUGAAAUUGUCAAAAGAUAGAAGCUGCAAAAAGAAAAAGAGCAAGAAAUGUAAGGCACCACCUAUAUUACCAGUUUCCAGCAACCCAGCAGGUCCUACUUCGAUUCACAGCAGCAGCUUUACUCUCACCUGGUCUACCACUCUGAAAAUGUCAAAUAUUGAUAAAAAUAGCUUCACUAUGGACCGAGUUCCUUAUGAUGCCCCUUUGAUAGGAUCUAUUUAUCUCCGUAUGAAAUGCAACAUGGAAACCAAUGUUAGUGAGAGUGGCUUUCUGACUAUGUUUGAAGAUGUAAGUGGGUUAGGUGCCUGGCAUAGGCGUUGGUGUGUUCUUUCUGGAAACAAAAUGAAAUAUUGGAAAUAUCCAGAUGAUGAAAACAGAAAGGAUCCUAUUGGUUACAUUGACCUAAAGAGAUGUAUCACUGAGAAAGUUGGGCUAAUCUCACGAGAUAUCUGUGCUCGACCAAACACAUUUGAGAUGUGUACUGUAAGACCACUUCGGGCUGGAGAAGAAGACACAUUGGUCACUCGAAAACAUCACACAAUGGCUACAAUCAGACAUAUGUUAUCUGCAGACACCAAAGAAGAACGCAUUUUAUGGUGCAACAAAUUAAAUGAAGCUCUUGAAAACAUCCGGGCUUGGCAAGUGGAUGCAUUAAAGCCUAUCAAAGUUCCAUCUCAUGCUGUCUAGCUGUGAUAUACAUAUUCUUUACUUUCUGAUACCCACCUUUUGCUAGUUAUUACUGAAUCCUAAUGUCGUGUUGCAUUAGCUUGUGAUUGUCCUUCUUAUCCAGAUCAUGUUGUGAACUGGCUAUAUAACAAAUAAUGUCUAGCAACGAUACUAUUUAUAUAUAAUCAUAUUUAUUCCCUUUUUUUUUCUCUCUCUGUUAUAUAUGAAUGUGAUGUUCAUCUCAUGGUCACAAUCCAGGUAUAGCAGAUAUCUGCACUGAAAUAGUUUUAGAGGAAAAUUUACAAUAUUUUUGCACCUGACAUUGUCUUUUGUGAUCAAAAAGCCUUUCUGAACAAAUCACACACAUUAAUAAACGAUUUUAAGACUUUCAUUCAUCAGAGAAUAUAUUUUGUGUAUUUAAACUAAAUACUGAUAUAGGUAUUUGAAUAACGAGAAAAUUAUGGGUGGGGGGGAUAAAUACAGGUAAUUGCCAUGCAUUUGUUUACUUUUUUGUGGCAUUUUUAUAUUGAUUAUCAGUUUAAAUAUACCCAAUAUUAUGUUUGUUACUUAAUUCAAUUGAGUAAAAAUUGGAUCAGGACUAUCUUAAUGGUGCAAGUGUGUGUUGUUCGAAAAGAGAUCACAUUGGAAAUUUGUAACUUAUAUUUUUAAUAUGUAUUUUCAGGAGAUUGCUAUGCUGCUGCUUUUUAUUAUUAUCAUAAUUAAAAGUAAGGACUGUGGAUUGUCAGAACAUUGGACAAUAUACCUUGUGGUAUUUGCUCCAAUUCUUUAUUCUCUGAGUUCAAAUCCCUCUAAAGUCAACUUUUCCUUUCUGGGAUUGAUAAAAUAAAAUAUCCAUCAGGUAUUGAGAUGGCUUAACUGACUAGCCCCUCUUCAAAAUUUUUGGCUUUACUCUGCUAAAAAUCAUUAUUAUGAGCCGUGAAUUAGUGAAAAUAGUAGUACUUGCAGUAUCAAGUUAUGGUUUAGGUUGACUUGGUCUUUCAUGUUCCGGGGUAAUUAUUAAAUAGUAGCCAAAUAUGGGAGUCUAACUAACCAUUGUACCCAACUCUAAUAUUUGUGUCUUUGUGCUGAUGUUGGAAAUUAUUGUUAGUAAGAAUAGUGGAUUGACAGAACCAAUAGUAUACUGGACUAAAUAUCUCACAGUAUUUAAUCUUGUCGCCAUAUAUUCUCAAUUCAUACCCACUUAUAGCUGGUUUAUAACUCUCGUCUCGUAAGAUCAUGUCUUGUACAGACAUCAACUGAAAUUAACUCUAACAUUUCAUAAACUUGUCUUUGUAACUAUGUUAGAAAUCGCUAUUAUUAUCAUUGUUACUCAAGAUUGUGAGAUGGCUGAAUCAUUUGGACACUGGACACAAUACAUAGUAACAUUCUGUCUGUCUUUGUUUUGAGUUUAAAUUCCACCAAGGUUCACUUUGCCUUUCAUUCCAUUGAGGUUGAUAAAAUAACCACCAUCAGAUUACUGGGGUUGAUGUAAUCAGCUUCCAUCUUCCCUUCAAAAACUGCUGACUUUGUGCCAAAUUUUGAAACUUAUUAAUAACAUUACUACUUUGCUGAGGAGGAUGGUAAGUUAGAAGAUAAAGUGACCACAGGCAUGGCCAAGUGAUUAAGUUCACUUUGUGAUUUCCUGAUUCCUGCCACUGCAUGUCAUUUUGGCUAUCUUUUGACAUAGUCUUAGUAAAAGUGGCCUGAUGGAAACUGCAUAGAAGCCUGUAGUAUGGAUUAUGUCUAUAAUUUAAUGGUCUAGCCUUGUCAUAUAUCAUGUCAACUGAUCCAACCUGAGAAUUACAUAAAAUGUUCAUUAAAAUUAAUGGAGAAUCCAGCAGCACAGCAAGUAGGAUGUUUUAUUGGUCCCUUUAUAUACCGAGUUCAGAAAUAUUGUAUCUAAAACUUCAGUAGGCUUUUUUUAAGUAAUUGUGGAAACCUACUGUUUUAGUAAUAUCUUAUCAUUUGUAUAUAUAACCGAUGUCUAGGUUGACAUCUGUUAGAAAUUUAUAUUGUACUCAUUUUGUAUUUUCAUUUGUUACUCUAGUGUGAAAAGUGAAAAUUCAUCAAACUUAAAACCGGACAAUCAGUCUUGGAACCGAACAUUUUAAAAAUUACGACUGACUUAAGCAUUUACAUAUCUUUCCCCACACAUGCAUACUUAGAAUUUUAAUUUUGAAGCAAAAUUUUAGGGGUUUAUUAUAUUUUUUUUUCCCCUUCUCUUCCCACCACAGAUUGCUUGUGAGUUUGUAUCAGUGACAAUAUAUGUUUGUGAAUGAAUUGUUUGUGUCUGGAAGAAAUAGCUUUUAUACUAUACCUUAGCCCAUCAGUUACAGAAUACUGGUGAUGCAUAAUAUAUUUUAAUUAAUCACCCACCUCAGCUUCUUUUUCUGAUAAAGGUAAUAUUUGUAGAAUGCUAACUGAGAAAGAUAUAUAAUAUAUUGACUAUUUUGUUGUUUAGAACCUUUGUGAUAUCAAAACCCAGUAGGGUAGGGUUCUUUUCUUUCAUCAGAGAAAGAUCUUGUAAAUGAUUCUGGAAUAAAAACCUAUAUACACGCA